UCUAUAUUUUUAGGGACUUUGCCUACUGGUAGAACCGAAAGAAGAAACAAAGUAAAAGCAAGGAAGAGAGAUGCGAUGGCAAGGCAAACAGGGAAGCAGCAGGCACCGGGAACGACAAGAUCUCUAUUGAUCCGCAUUGGCGUCGGUCUCUUGUUGAUCGGACUCAUUGCCGAUUUAUUAUGGGCUUCAUCUUCUCGUUUCAAGCUUUCAUCUCUUUCGAUUUCCACCAGUUGGUCCCCUCGGUCAUCAGAUUUGUCUGUUACAUUUCCAGCCCAGCUCAAAGAGCCCUUUAAUGCCUCUUCAAACCCAAAACCCAAGGAGAAGAAAGUUAAAGAAAAGAGUAAAGAUGGAAGAGUUUUAUCGGCUACUUUUGCUGAUUUGCCGGCUCCUGAACUCAAAUGGGAUAAGAUGGCGUCUGCGCCUGUUCCUCGUUUAGAUGGAGCUGCUAUUCAGAUUAAGAAUCUUCUUUAUGUCUUCGCUGGAUAUGGCACCAUCGAUUAUGUGCAUUCACACGUUGAUAUUUACAAUUUUACGGAUAAUACAUGGGGAGGAAGAUUUGAUAUGCCAAAAGAAAUGGCUCACUCACAUUUAGGUAUGGUAACUGAUGGGAGAUACAUUUACAUAGUCACUGGACAAUAUGGUCCUCAAUGCAGAGGGCCUACAGCUCACACAUUUAUUCUUGAUACUGAAACAAAGAAAUGGAGUGACAUGCCCCCUUUGCCUGUCCCUAGGUAUGCACCGGCCACUCAGCUUUGGAGAGGUAGACUUCAUGUGAUGGGUGGAAGCAAGGAGAACAGGCAUACACCUGGAUUAGAGCAUUGGAGUCUUGCUGUAAAGGAUGGGAAAGCAUUAGAAACGGAAUGGAGGAGCGAAAUACCCAUUCCACGGGGAGGACCUCAUAGGGCCUGUGUUGUGUUUAAAGAUCGUCUUUAUAUUAUUGGUGGUCAAGAGGGUGAUUUUAUGGCCAAACCUGGAUCACCAAUUUUCAAAUGCUCUCGGAGGAUGGAGGUAGUGUAUAGUGAUGUAUACAUGCUGGAUGACGACAUGAAGUGGAAAACAUUGCCUCCCAUGCCAAAACCAGAUUCACACAUCGAAUUUGCUUGGGCAAUUGUUAACAAUUCUAUUGUUAUCGCCGGAGGCACGACUGAGAAACAUCCUAUAACAAAAAAGAUGAUUCUGGUUGGAGAAGUGUUUCAGUUUAAUUUUGAUACACUGGAGUGGUCCGUGAUUGGAAAACUUCCUUACCGAGUGAAAACCACGCUCGUUGGAUUCUGGCAAGGGUGGUUGUAUUUUACAUCUGGGCAACGAGACAGAGGUCCGGAUGAUCCAGCACCUAGAAAAGUUAUCGGAGAAAUGUGGAGAACCAGAUUAAGACUGAACUCAUAAUACGAUUGUUUCAUUAAUCUGUUUUUUUAGGCAAUUUUCAUCUCUUUCUGGUAUAGUUAUUGCCAUGGAAAGA